AUGGAUGUCACCCGCCUGCUCCUGGCCACUCUGCUGCUCUUCUUGGGCUUCCUCACUGCCCACAGCCACCUGGCACUAGAGGAGAAACCCAGAGAUGACAGCAGCCUGAUGAACAACUCCUCCGUGAACCUAUUCGAUUUCCCCUCUGUCUCUAUUGUGGCAUUGAACAAGAAAUCCAAAAGGAUCAGCAGAAAAGAAGCUGAAAAUCUGAAGGUAUCUUCCAAGAAAACCGCUCCGGUGAAGAAGGCGGCAAGGCCCCGACCCCCGCCGCCCGCUGGCUGCGUGGCCACCCGCGACAGCUGCAAGCCGCCGGCGCCCUCCUGCUGCGACCCCUGCGCCUCCUGCCUGUGCCGCUUCUUCCGCAGCGCCUGCGCCUGCCGCGUGCUCAACCCCAACUGCUGA